CUGUGACGUUGGUUGGUCGCAGUUUUGGUGUAUUGUGUACUUUAUUCUUGAGGGUUUUCUUGGGCCCAAGGUUGAUCAGCUUCGGCAGCUUCCCAGUGUGUUCCAUGGGAAACGGCACGAGCAGACUCUAUAGUGCUCUCGCCAAGACACUGAACAGCAGCGCUGCCUCUCAGCACCCAGAGUACUUGGUGUCACCAGACCCAGAACAUCUGGAACCCAUUGAUCCUAAAGAGCUUCUCGAGGAGUGCAGGGCUGUCCUGCAUACUCGACCUCCCCGGUUCCAGAGGGACUUUGUGGAUCUGAGGACAGAUUGCCCCAGUAGCCACCCACCCAUUAGGGUCAUGCAAUGGAACAUCCUCGCCCAAGCACUUGGAGAGGGCAAGGACAACUUUGUACAGUGCCCUGUUGAAGCUCUCAAGUGGGAAGAGAGGAAGUGUCUCAUUCUGGAGGAAAUCCUCGCCUACCAGCCGGACAUACUGUGCCUGCAAGAGGUGGACCACUAUUUUGACACCUUCCAUCCUCUCCUCAGUCGACUGGGCUAUCAGGGCACCUUCUUCCCGAAGCCCUGGUCACCUUGUCUGGACGUUGAACACAACAAUGGACCAGAUGGCUGUGCCUUAUUUUUUCUCCAGAACCGGUUCAAGCUGGUCAACAGUGCCAAUAUCAGGCUGACGGCCAUGACGCUGAAGACCAACCAGGUGGCCAUUGCUCAGACCCUGGAGUGCAAAGAAUCAGGACGACAGUUCUGCAUCGCCGUCACCCACUUGAAAGCUCGCACUGGCUGGGAGCGGUUUCGGUCGGCCCAGGGCUGUGACCUUCUCCAGAACCUGCAGAACAUCACGCAAGGGGCCAAGAUCCCCCUGAUCGUCUGCGGGGACUUCAACGCGGAGCCCACCGAAGAGGUCUACAAGCACUUCGCGUCCUCCAGCCUCAACCUCAACAGCGCCUACAAGCUGCUGAGCGCCGACGGGCAGUCGGAGCCCCCGUACACCACCUGGAAGAUCCGGACCUCGGGCGAGUGCAGGCACACCCUGGACUACAUCUGGUACUCGAGGCAGGCGCUGAGCGUGCGCUCGGCGCUCGACCUGCUCACCGAGGAGCAGAUCGGGCCCAACCGGCUCCCCUCCUUCAACUACCCCUCCGACCACCUCUCUCUGGUGUGUGACUUCAGCUUUAACGAGGGACCCGACGCCCUUCUAUGAAAGCCCCUCUGGCCUUUAAUCCCAGCAGUCUUCGCCAGGGGUGUUCCGGAAGCUGAAGAGGAGGACGUGGCCUGCGGAGGGUCCCCAGGCUCUGCUCCCUUCCUGCCUUUCCAGCAUGCCCUUGGGAAGAUCCCGGCAGUUCACGAACCUUUUCAACCAAAACCUGUAGCAAAAAAGCUGUGUGCACUCCAGUCUCGGCUUCUGUCCUCCCUCCUGAGCAUUCCCUUUGGACCUGUCAGUGAAGGGCAUUCAGCUGGGCUCGCUCGAAGCUUCUCAGUUUGCAGAUGCUUAGAAACUCGCGGGCUUGCUCGCCUCCUCCGUAGCGAACACUCAGUAGGUAGGAAAAUCUCGCUAGAGCGCGUUUCAAGUUAUUUAUUUGUGAGUUUUUCAAAUGUCAUCAAGAUAAUGCAUGGCAAUAUUUAUUAUUUUUAUAUCUUCAUGUAAAACUAAAUUAUAGCAUCAUGAACGUUUUCGAACCGUGCAAGACACAAGUUAUAAGUAACUUAGUAAUUUUCUUCAAGCUUUAAAAUGUUCCCCUCUGGUGGCCUAACAAUGUGCACAGAGCAGCUGUUCAGCCUGGGAGGUGGGGAGGGUGUUAUCUAAGUCUGAAUAUGGGGACUGAUGCGCUCUUCACCAAUACUGCUCUCUCUGCCUCUGUUUCCCAUUGUGUUUCUUGAAAUUCCAGUUCGUUUUCCAUUAUUUAAUCAUUGCUGUAUAUUGUCCUUUUUCCAUUGGGAUAAUAGUCGUAUGCAUUUGAAAGUUAGUCAGUAUCAUCAUCAUUUGUGUUGGAAUGUGCUUUCACCAUGAUUAUUUAGGAGCUGUUAUGUGGCCAUGGCUAAGAAAGCCGGGGGACCUUCUUUUCAGAGAUGUGAAGGCUAUUUUGUUUCGUUUUGUAUUUGUUUUGGUUUUUUUUUUUUUUUUUUUUUGGUACUGGGGAUUGAGCGCAUAUGUGCUUUACCACUGAGCUACAUCCCCAGCCCUUUUUCUAAGACAGGGUCUUUCUGAGUUGCCCAGGCUGGCCCCAAAACUUGUGAUCCUCUUGCCUCAGCCUCCUGAGCUGCUAAGAUUACAGAGAUGGGAAACUAUAGAAAGCUUCUAAUUGGGCCGUCAUAGAAAUUUCCUAGGAAAGCGAUAUGACUGUGGUUUAAAACAUCUACAAAGAAGAAUGUAAGAAGUUAAAAGAUAACCAUAAUUCUCAACCAUCAGAAAUAAAAGUGAUAAAGAUAACAGGUAAAGCCUCUUCCAAACAACAUAACCCAUCAGGAGUAAACUGGUACAUAUUUUAUUGUAUGAGUUGUAAAUAUUUAAGAUUAAUAAAUGGCCUUUUAAAGCUUG